CGGUCCUCCUCCUCCUCCCGCGGCCGGAGCUCGUGCAGCACAUCCCGGUGUCAUCACAUCACCGCACGGCGCUGCACGAGACCACUGCAGCAGCAGCAGCAGAAGCAGCAGCUCAGGGCUCGUGCCUCGUUUUUAGAAACUAGCGGUCGCAGAGCGGCGGAGAGAGAAAACAUACCGGAGAGAAAACCGGACAGAAACAGCCGCACAGUCGGUGAAGAUAACUUUGGUCAACAAGAGUUCUACUUUUUUCUCCUUCAUUCUCUCUCUCUCCUGUCACUUAUUCUUCCUCCCUCUCUUUCCUCUCUCCCCUCCUCUCUCUCUCUCUCCGUCUCUCUGAUUCUGUGAUGCCGGGCUGUGGGUGAGUCUAUGCCCGUGACCAGACUGAAGCUGGGGAAACUAAAGGUGGUGCGGCGGCAGCUGCUGCAAAGGUAUGAACACCAGCCGUUUGUCUCCUGCCUGGCCGGCCUCUACGGUUGCCAAUGGAGACGAUACCAAAGAGCCCGGGCUCAGCCUGGAGAGUGCUGCUGCAGCAAGGUGGAAUGUGGCAGUUUUGGCCUCCUGAUCCUCACCUUCUUCCUGAGUUUCCUUUUCCUUUAUUUCUGGAGUGAAGCCCAGAAUGACUACAAUGACUUUGACUGGUUUAAUUUUGGGACCCUUGGCUUCUGGUUUCCUUGGUCUCUGGUCCUGCUGGUCGUUGCUGCUGCUCUCUUCACGUACAUCGCCCUGCUAUUGGUGCUGGCAGUGUGUCUGCUGUCUGAGGGUCAGAGGCUGUACCUUCACUGGAGCCACAAGACUGGCAUCGUGGUGACGCUGGCCUUCUCCGUCACAGCUACCGCCAUCUUAUCUGACCUCUGGAGCAAAGAAUGGAAGACUCUCCUCCUGUCUCUGCAGGUGACAGCACCUUACCUCCAUGUGGGUGCAGUCUCAUUAAUGGCGAUUCUUUCCUGGCCAAUAGCGUUGCACUUCUUCCGCAUGAACAAGAAAGUGCGUCAGGUGGCUGUCCUGGGUCUCUACCUGUCUGUGCUGUUCUCUCUCUACCUGGUCCCCCUGGGAAUGUACUCGCCCUGCAUUAAAGAGGCAGGAACGCUGGGACCUGCACCAACACUCAUAGGACACAGAGGAGCUCCAAUGCUUGCUCCAGAGAAUACUGUGAUGUCGUUUGAGAAGGCGGUGGAAGCUGGAGGGGAAGGUCUAGAGACUGACGUCACCAUCAGUUACGAUGGUGUUCCCUUCCUGAUGCACGACUCCACUCUGAAGAGGACGACUAAUGUUGCAGAGGUUUUCCCAAAUCGAACACAUAUUGAUGCCUCCAUGUUCACGUGGGCCGAGCUACAGCAGCUGAAUGCAGGCGGCUGGUUCUUAUCGAGGGAUCCGUUUGGUACUGUGUCGUCCCUGUCUGAGUCGGACCAGUCCCAGGCCCACAAUCAGUCUGUUCCCUCUUUGGCCCAGUUCCUCGAGGUAGCGGCCCGGACCGGCAGACUAGUGCUGUUUGACCUACGCAGGCCACCGUAUGGACACCCGUACAGUCAGUCAUACAUCAACACCACUCUGCAGGUCAUACAGGCCCACAUCAACUCCUCACAGGUGCUGUGGCUGCCUUCUGAAGACAGGGACCUGGUCCAGGCUGUGGACCCACAGCUGCAGCAGACUUCUGGAGAAAAGGCUUCAAUCCAAGAGCUGACAGACGACCACAUCACCAGACUGAACCUGCACUACAGCACCAUGUCUCAGCAGCAGAUCCGUAAAUACCAGUCGGUGAACAUCAGCACUAACCUGUAUGUGAUCAGCCAGCCGUGGCUCUACACUCUGGCCUGGUGUGCUGGAGCGCAUUCAGUCACCACCAACUCCAUCCACAUCCUGUCCAGCAUCAACAAGCCUCUCUUCCUCAUGACUCCAGAGGAAUACAGUCUGAUGUGGAUUCUAACUGAUGUGGUGUCCGCCUUCCUCAUCAUUGCAGUUUUCAUAUUCCAUUGGUGGCGGGAGAGAGGUCUGCCCUUCUGGUCCGGCAGCCGCCAGACUCACGAGAACGGACCCUACAGCAAGUUCAGGACAGACUCCUCAGAGGUCAUCUGUGUUCGCUGGAGUCCUCUCCGCUCUGAGCCUCCUGCUGGAGCCCUUGUCUCCCUCCCUCUGGCCUUCAACCCAUGACACCCUGCAUGUCCCUUCAGGAACCCCGUGUGAACCAUGAACCCUAGCUCAGCGAUGUGUGGUCCAUCUCCAGCGUCAACGUCCGGCCCGAUCUACGGAGCGCGCCCAGUUCACCCAGUACCCCUCACUUACCCACCAUCACAGAGGAGUGACUGGGGGAGAGAGGGGGUGACAGAGAGACGAAGACAGAGAGGCAGGACGGGGAAGUAUAGUGAGACAAUGGAGGAAAGACAGUUUAAAGCCCCUGCAGGUGUUCAGAUCAUAAGCAUUUUUCUGUUAGUCAGAAUAGUCAUCAAAAUUAGAUGUCAUUUGAUCAGAUUUGACAACAACUUUUAUCACAUAAUCUCUGAUUGGUGCACAGAAAUAAAUGAAAUGUGAAAUGACCUUUUCCCAACUUUAAGUAAAGAAGAGAAGGCAGAGGAGUGUACAGAUGAACAGGUCCAGAUGUUUGGAAGUCAGGACAAAACCACCAGAUACAGAACAGAUUAAAGUGUUUAGGUAAGUGAGACGCAGCAAACGCUCUCUCGUUUCUCCACCUCCUCUCUGAUCCCGAGUCUGUGGGUCGACUGGCUGCAGGAACUGAACUGUUGAACCAAACCUCCUGAUCUGGAGUCAGAGACCGAGAGACUCUGGACACGAGGAGCACCAGUGUCCGUUUCCAUGCUAAAAUCUCAUAGAUGCCAUUCACCACCUGGGAUGUGAGGACAUUCACACACAAGACCAGACGCCGACAUGCUCGAGAACAUUUUCAUCUCUGGUCAUUCAACUCCACCAGCUGAGCUCAGCAACGAAGCCUGACGAAUGAACGGAGAAAAUAAUGAGUAUAUACUGCUGUAGUGAAACUUCUAGUCGCUUUCGCUCUUUGUCUCUCGUUUCUAGUUGAUUAAGACCAAAUGUUGUGAGAGGAGGUGAAGCUCUGAGAGACUGAAAGCUCAGGAGACGUUUGGAGGACGAUAAAACGGACUCCGAAUAACGUUUUAUGUUCGAGUUCUACUUUUUCAUUUCCAGCUGUACAGAUAUCAGGUUCAUCAGAUCAAAGUGAAACCACAUCUUCAGUUUUAAUCUGUGUGUCUGUAGGGUUUAGUGUAUGAACUGUGCACUGUUGGACUGACAGAAUGAAUGUAAACCCGAGGCUUGAGAAGGUAACUGUUAGUGAGUAUUCGUGCUAAAGUGAAUGUAUUAUUAAGCGAGGCCGCGUUUCUCAAAAGUAUGUGGGUUGUUUCGGCUGGGAGUCUUUUCAGUUUGGCUGCAGAUUUGUGCCAAAUGUUUCAGCUGCUCUAAAUAAAGAUUAAAAAAAAGAUGCUUUUGAGAAACCAGACCUUGCACUCUUUGCAAGGCAGCAGCUUUGUCCUCAAACAUACGCACACAGUACUUUCUGGAAGUAUGACUAUACACUCAACCUGUGCAACGUUGUCCUGAUGUUGGAUCUGAAACCCAGAGUGUCUCCUCUCAACCUUUCAGGUGUGAAAUCCAAGAGGCCAGGAGCCUUGAUUUUCUGAAGGGUUUGCUGCACAGUUUUGGAGAUGAAGCAGGACAUGUUGCAGUAAGUGCCAUUAAAAGAAAAAAAGACUAUGGAUUUUUCAUCGUUUAGCUUUAUUCACCCGUCAUGGCAAACGUGCAGGAAUUUAUUGAGAAAAUAUGACCGUGGUUUCUGACAAAUCUCCUUGGAUGCACAUAGUCUAGAGGUAUUUAUUGUAAAGAAUCAGUGUUCAACGGGCUGCUCAGUAUUUUUAACCAGCAGUCUGAAUCUAUGUGCACGAUUUACCAAACUAUGCUUUCAUUUAGCAUUUAAUCUUUAAUUCUCAGAUAAAUAGUGGUCUUUUUAAGUUUAGGGCUUAGUUGUAUUUUGGCUGUUGGUCUCAUGUAGACUUGAGGUCGUUUUGUCUUUGUGUGUGAACUGAGCCACGCUUCAGUCUAACGUUGGACUCUGAGGGCUGGUUCUGGUUCACCUGAGAGCAACCCAAGUGAGAAACUGUGUUAAUAUAAAGACUGAAAAUGCAACCAAGCAACUUACUGUAAUGUACUGUAAUAUGUGGUUAGCUGUUAGUUUUACGGUUGUUUGUGUUCCUGUUGAGAAUAUAGUAGCUGAUCUGUUGGGUAGGCUAAGCAUUUUAGCUACAGAUAUCUAUCGCUAUAGCUGCACAGCCAUAUUUAUUCUAUUGAAUAUGAUGUUUCCCACCGUAAGACCGUUCCUUUUUUUGCGAAUGAGUCUGGUGACAAUGCAGCUCUGCAUUGGAUUUCUUUUGGAGAUGCGUUGCAUUUCAAGCCUUGCAUGUGUUGGUUUUAUCCAACUUUUUCUUUUAUAGAUGCUUUCUUAAAGUAAUCACUUUAGUCUCUGAGCUCAUGUAGACUUAAAUCAUCAUCCGCGUAAAGAGUUUUUAGUUCAAGAUGGUAUCCUGGCUACCGGAGAAACUUUUGCAUUUCCAAAACACAGAGGUGUUAGAACGGCGUGCUCUGAGGAAAGCUUCAUAGCAGAUUUGUCAGCAUGCCGAUUACCAAAAAAUAAACAAUCUACUGAUAAACACAAGUUGAUUCCUUAGAAAGUGAAGCCUUUUCCCCUGACUUUAGUUUUGGGGAAUGUUGCUGUUUAUAAAGCACAGUAACCCACUGAAAUUCACCUUAAAUCUGACUAAAGUGUAGAAGAAAUCUAACAACAUUAACCUGAAACAGAACAAUGAAUAUCUGUCCCACACUGAGUGUACAGAUGGGCAGCAGAGAAGUGCACAAACUUUAACAGAUUUCAUGUUAGCUAACUAACAAACAUGUUUACUUGGUACCUGAAACUGAACCAAACAAGGAAACCCUUUUCACAAACAGAUUCUGUGCUAUUUUAAGUCUCUAUAUUUAAGGCAAACAUCCAGUAGAGUUACCUUUGCAUGAUGCUCUGCAUGUUAAUCCAGCGAAGGUAAAAUUAAACCAUAAUCAUGACUCAGAAGAAAAUGGAUGAGGAACAUAGUUGGAAACAGAUGAAGUCCACAGGCUUCUGCAUAAACUGUCUGACUGCAGGCAAACUGCUUCUCAUCGUUUAGUCUCCACUCAGGACCGCUGAGCAAAAUUAUCAGCUGCAUGAAAAGAUUUUCUUGUUUCUUGGCAACGUGAAGAGCAAGGCGUCGACUUUCUCAUUUCCUGAUGCAGCCGUCAUCGGUACAUCUCUGCUUUGCUUAAUGCCUGCAAGAGUGCAUCGUAGUUUAAAGUAGUUUUCUUCAGGGUACAUUUAAGGUCAUUAAUGGAGCCGUUUAUUAGGAGAAGUUCUCCAUGUCAGAGUUUUGUUGUAGUUUUGGCGCCAUCACUUUUAGAAUUCAUGGUUCGAUCCAGGAAGGACCGGACGCUCCACUGACACACUGGUGUGGCAGCGCUUGUUCUUUUAAUGCACAAGUAAUCUGCAUGCGAGGAGACGCCCAUUUGUAAGAGACUUUUACAGGUUUGUGGACGUACAAUGUUGUAUUUCUGAAAAUCAGAGCUUCUGAAUUGGACGAUAACUGAAACGAAAACUGUCAAACAUUCCUGAAAUCAGACUUUAUUUAUUAUCGGAGUGAACACAGGCUCAUGUCAGUGCUGCUGUGUAAAUGUUCGACAUCGUCCUUGAAUAAUGAGCUUCAGUACUUGUUGCUGAGCAAAAUGACCUCUGUGUGAUGAAAUAAUAAAAAAUGAGUGUCUAUUCUUUCAAACGA